UUUAAAGGUAUAAGAUAAGAUAGAGGACAAAACAUUAAAGGCAGGAAGUUCGAUAUCGAUAAUCUUUCUGUGAUUGACAAAAUAUCAACAAUUAACGCAAAUAAGUAGAUAGCGUAUUAUCAAGUGCGAUUAAGCUACGAAGCAAAACACUCGUGUGCAUACUGUUUUUACUUUUCGAGCAUUCUUUGAAAGUUUAUCUACGAAAAAUGGAUUUACGCAUUGCUGUAUUAGUUUUAUGUGCACUUUUUGGGAAAGCCGUCGGUCGAUUCAGAUGCUAUGCAUGUAGUUUUUCAUCAGUGGAUUCGGAUCAAUCGUGCCUGACAAUAGGAAACAACACGAACAUCGUGGAGUGUCCAUUCACUUAUUGCACAAUUACGAGACAAGAGUUCAUAGACCCAAUAGGCGUGAUCGCAAGCUUUACACGGGGCUGCGAAAGUUUCCCGGAUUUUUUAAAUCACGAAGUUACAGAUCCAACAUUCCGAACUUUUUAUAGAGCAUGCACAAAUGAUUUGUGCAACAUUGGUGAUGGAAUUCAGUCUAUAGUCGGCGGUAAUUUGUCUCCGUAUCCUGCAUACACCGGCAUUAAUCUAUUAGUACCUGGGACAGGAAGCGGAGUAAAUAUCAAAAUGAAUAGAGUGUUGUUCUUUUCUGUGAUAAUGAUCCUAAUCGGGUUACAUGUUUAAAUAAAUAAUGUUCAUUUUAUUUUCUUCAAAUCAGAAUAUUUUUUUGUAAUAUCUCAAUAAAAUACAGAAAUUA